GGUAGAAUCUCUCGGGCUACUGCGGGGAAGCAUUCCGUUUGCCAGUCGCGUUACGUACUGGUCGGCGUGAGGAGCCCGGACUAAGAAUCCGUUGUACUGCAACGCUCCAAAUUUAAUUAGCAAUGGAGCAACACUCCUUACGCAAACGUACUGUAACGUGCCACACCGUUUGAAGACUUCAGAGGGACUUGCUGUGUGUGUGUGUGUGUGUGAGUGCUGUGUGUGACGUGAUAUUUAAACCUGCGCGUGACCUACAUUUAUUCCCUUCGCACUCUCACGGUGUUGUGAAGGGCAACCACCCAGAAGAAGAAGAAAAAAAAAGGCAUCUACGUCACAGCCCACUAUGACGAAGCGCUGGACUUUCGACCCCGUCCGUCGAGUGUGUGUCUUCAUGAGCGCAACCCCGACAGAUCAGAUGGUACUACGAUGCGGCGGCGCUUGCUGACAUAAUUUGUUGGUGCUCACCAAUACCAUCAAACAGCUUGCUGUAGCGUGUAGCGUGCUGCUUCCUUUCGUUCAACAUCUUUACGAACGAACACGAAUGAAGGGCCAAAGGGAAUCAGAUUGUGUGUGUGCGUGUGUGCGAGUUUUGGGUUUUGUUUCCCUACGAAACGAUAGCGAAAGGUGGUUGUUUUUCUUUUUUCUUUUUUCGCGUUUCCCAGCCCUUCUCAUUCGUUUAGAAGCGCCGUGUGCAUUCAUCCCCGAGAGAGAGAAGUACUAGGGGGAAGCGUAGCAAGCGUUGGAUUUGCGUGUUUAAUGUGUGCUGUGGGGUGGUAAGGUGAAUUUCACAGCCCACCAAGGUACUCUGCAUCUGCAGACGUAAAGUGCCAGUGAACGGGAAAAUUUGAGAGCGUGAUAAGACCACCGCCAGAAUAUAGGCUGGCCAACUAAAACAAAAAAAAUCGGCUUAUGUUCUGGUGGAAAUCGAACGUGUUGCAGUACGGCGACCGCUGUGGCUGAGCAGCAUUCGAAGGUUCCUUCCCAGUGGUGAGAUUUGUUGUGUGUGCUGGGCCGUUAUCACUGUCUCGCUUGCUGAAAUGGCUAGAGGUUAAUCGGCUGGAAGUCACCAUCGGACAUACACAGACACGGGAAGCGUGAUGUUGCUGCGGCCGCUCUGCUACGCUCGACGCUAGGUAGAAUCCGGAGGACCGCCACUGACGUAGCAUCGGAUGUUUUGUGCGGACAAGAUUUACGCUGUCGAGUGCUGCAAAAAUGCAUCGCGAUCUAGAAGGGCACAAACGGCGAAGUAAACGUACACCGCAGCAACCAACGAACGUGUGCUUCUCCGUGGCAGUGAGAUAGUGAGGUGUCCGAAGCACCGACCGUUGCCAUCGUCAGUGACCUAGCAAAGUGUCUGGAGAUGCACACUGCCUGUGUGUAGAAACCGCUCAGUCGACCAUUCUCGCCCGUGUAACACGCACCAGCGAACAAUACCUCUCCAAGGGUUGUGCUGCUUAUCAACCUUCCCGGGGUUCAAGUGCAGUGGACGGGAGCAGUUCUGGUUCGCUCCCUCGGCCUGGCUUGUGACACUACGAGUGUAUAAUCGAGGCAAAACUAUCAUCUGCUGACCCGAUCAUCUAUUCACCCGAUGAUACGCAACGUGUGUGUGUGGUGGUUGCCGGAGCAACACGUGCUAAAGUCACCGCUCACUAACUUGCAUUGCGAUCUGUCGAUCCCGUCGUCGUCGAGCAAGCGUCGUUGGGAAGUGUAAUCUUGUAAUUGCUUUUAAUAACCAACCCUUGUUCAACCUGGUUGCUGUGACCCGGGUAACGGACAGGUGAAAAACGAUUAGCUGACAGUACGGGACAGCGUGCACAGUGUUCGAAAAUGGCCAACCAGAAGCGUGACUACGACGUGCUGGAGGUGGUGCCCAAAUGGGAAAUAGCAAGGAUCUAUGCCCGCUGUUUGCUGGCCAACUUGCUGAUCCUGCUCAAGUGGCUGUACGAGAGUGUUAAGUGCAGGGUGAACCCGACCGCGAUUAUGCGGCGCACGAUCGAACGGACGGACUUUCCGAACAAACCACCGUUCUUCAUGACCGACACCAAUCUGGGCCGGCAUUCGUACGUGAAGCUUGAGAACACAAAGCUACAUUUCGUUGAGGCCGGCAGUCGAAGCAAUCCCAUCGUGCUGCUGUUGCAUGGCUUUCCGGACUGCUGGUUUGGUUGGCGCUAUCAGAUACCGGAGCUGACACAUUAUUUUCACGUUAUCGCACUGGAUUUAAAAGGAUUCAACGAUUCGGACAAACCGCACUGGCGCUUCGAGUACACGCCGAAAAAGGUGUGUGAAGAUUUGCGCAAGUUUCUGAUAGCCAUCAGUGCGAAAAGUGUAUCCAUCAUAGGUCACGAUCUGGGGGCCACCAUCGGGUGGCUGUUUGCCCACACGAACCCGGAAAUGGUUGACAAGUUUGUGAGCGUUUCGACGCCCCAUCCGAACCUGCUGUGGGAUAAUCUACCCAAGGGGUCUCCGUUCAACCGGAACUGGCUAGAAUUCGUGCAGCUACCGAUGCUGCCCGAGAUGGAGCUGAAGCAUACGGCCGAUAAAGUGCUGCGCCGCUGCCAUUCGCACGUUACCAAGGAAAAGCUCUUCCUAUCCGGCACGAAUGGCACGCUGACGAAUAAUCUAAUGGAAGCGUACCUGUACAGCUUCUGCCAAACGGAUGAUUGGCGGGGGCCCUUAAACUACUAUCGCAACUUUCUGUUCUACCGUGUGCGGGACGGUGAGAUCAUUCAGUGUCCCUGCCUGAUCAUCACCGGGAACGAUGAUCGGUUUUACAAGCUCGAAACGGUGGUGAAGAGUUCGGAGUUUUGUGAAAAUUUUAUCAUCAAAAUCAUCGAACAGUGUGGCCGGGCACCGCACCAAGAGAUGGCGACAGAGUUUAACAGCACCGUGCUGAAGUUUCUAAUCGGUAAAAAAUACUCCCAAAAACCAACGGACGUGCAACCAGCGCAGACGCGUGGGCUGGUAGGACGGAUGUUUGGAGGCAUUGGAUCCGUUGCGAACAACACGGUGAAGCUUGGCAAUAAUCUACGUGAAACGUACGCGUUUGCAAAUCCGCUCAACAGUGUGCCGAACUUUAUGAUCAAAGGAUAGCCGGACUCUUUCAGCUGCUGCUCUCAAACUCUGCUAAUUUAAGCGUGUGCUUGUGUACCAUAUUUUUCUACUCGGGCUAGGCAAGCUGGUGUGUGUCGUUUAUGUUCCAAAGUGUGUAUAUAUUUUAAGUAUCAUCCUACCUUCCGCUCCCAUUCAUGAGAAUGUAAUUUAACGUGUACGAAUAUAUUUGAUGUAAGAUCUAUCACCAGAUUCUACUUAGUUAAUAAUAAAUUGAUAAAACGUUUUGUACAAAUCA